AUGGCUCGUGAAGUGUGGUUCCAGCUAGUAAGCGGAAAAGGAGUAGCUGUAACUACAGUGGAAGUACCGAAUAAUGCAACGGUUGCUUGUUUCCGAAAGGCGGUGCUUGGAGUAGUCUCAAAUGUUUUACCUGUCGAGUCCAACCUCACAGUCUACACAAGUAAUACGUCGCGGAAACUGGAGGAAAACUAUCCGAUCAGUUCUCUUGGUGAGUCAAAGAAAGAUGCACUCUUCGUUAUUGUGGAGGUGCCGCAGCAGCAGACUAUCAAGGUAGGUCCAGCGGAUCGACAAACGCAGGACCUCUUAAAUAUUCUAGAAUGGAAGGAGCCAAGUCGACUUUGUAGGAGUUCUGGAGACCAUUGGACAUUCCAAGGAGCAUCCGAGAUUGCAACUGACCUGGCGGGUCCUCUCCUCCAGCAUUACCAAGCCUGGCAAGAUGGGAACCAGGACAAACAGAACCACGCUCUCGAUGUUGUCGUGGGUGGACCAGGAACAGGAAAGUCGCGUACGAUUGACGAAAUGAAAAAUUUAUUGUGCAAAGCUGCUGAGCAAUCCGAGAAUCAAGAUUUAGUCAAGAGAAUGACCAACGCAUACGUUUUUUCUUUGGCUUUCGGAGGUAGAACCGGUACAACUGGGAAGCUGAUUGACUCUCAUUCUCCUGAAGUUGACAUCUGCUUUCGAAUGCUCUAUCAGCUCCUGAAGGAAAAUGAAUCGUGGAUGGAAUUCGUUUUCCGAUUAAUGAAAUCGAGUUCAUCGAUAUGUCUUUCCAUUUGCGCUGUAAUUAGGAUGCUAGCCAAGCUGGAGCAGAUCGACAAUGUGAGGGAUAUGACGGUGGUGUUGUGCGUGGAAGGUAUACAUAAACUUGAGAACGACGGCACGUACGGCUGCGAUUUUUACCGUGUGCUGAGUUGCGUUAUCAUGUUCCUGAAUUCAUCCACAGCAUUUGCUGUCUGUGUGAGCUCAACAACAGCUCAAGAGCCUUUUACUCAAGCAUUCAUGCAGUUCCAACAGAAGCGAGUUUUUCUAUAUCCUCCUUCAUUAAACGGUCACGAAAUUCUAAGGCCGAGAUCAAGGAUUGGGAAGCAGCUGGUAGAUGAUAUGGGUGGUCAUGGCCGAGCGUUGGAGACACUUGAGCGAGUGCUGAGUUGUCACAAAGAUUCUUUACAGGAUAUCGACCCGGGUGGUAUUGUAAAGCAGGUGUACGCAGCGUUACUUUGUCAAUAUGGUGAGAUAUUCGCUUCUCCUCAAUUUACCGAUCCAAUGGCCUGCCAAGACGUUUUAAUCGCAAUAUUUUCGGGUCACCGCUUUAACGGCGUGUACGAGCGCAUUGGCCGUUCCAACUUGACCGUCGAUGAGCUUCGAAACAUCGGUUUGUUCCGACAAACUCAGGAUGGACGACUGGAAUGCGCUGUCAUUAUGAUUGUGGCGUUGAUGCGAAGGCUUCUAAGGCAUCUCAAUGGAGGUUACGACAUCGAUGGCUUCCUUCCCUCUGUGUGGGGUCAGCAUCGAUUUGAUCAAUUCGUGGCUUUCUAUCGUCGCGUGAAAUCGAUUAUUUACUGUGACCUUCCAGUUUCAUUAGCCAUGGCUCAUCGCGGGGCCCGUUUCGGCUCUAUCGAUGGCAUUGUAGUUAAGGAGCCAAAAGCACACUUGGGUUUGUUUCAACAGAGUCAAAAUUCCGAUUCGAAGUAUAUAAGAGACGUUUGCGAUCUAUCUACGCGAGUCCAAUUGACGAUCGACGGCCGAGAAGUGCAGUGCAACGAAGUGAUUCGAUGCAAAGCACAGGAAACGAAACAGAGAGUUAACGAAGUAACGUAUGCCAAAGAGAGAGCAGAAGCUGUGAAUGAGAGCUCGGAUGUGUUUUUUGCUCAUUACGCCGGAUGAAUCUGUCGAUUUUGAUCUUCCCCCACGAAGCGGCAUCGUGUCAAUCAACGAGUUCGAUCAAUAUUUUGGGCCGUUCGCAAGUCGUGCGUAUAGAUGCUUUCUAGAU